AUGGCAGAAAUACUUGGCCUGGCCUCCAGUAUUAUCACAAUAGUCGAAGUAGCAGGAAAGCUCGGCACCAACACCAUCCGACUCAAGCGAUUAUGGGACGAAGUACAAGAUGUCCCCGCCAGCAUUCAGAGAUGCAUCGAGCAGUUGGAGAUCUUGGCUCCUGCCAUUGAAGAAAUGGACCACGAAUUUGAAAAGACUUGCAAUAUGAUCCGAAAUGAUUCUGCGGCCAAGCGAAGCCUGGAAUAUUCUCGGAAAGCGGUAGAGACUCUCGAUACCUUGGUCAGAGACAUGGGGACACAGAUCAGCGCGGUAAAGGCCAGUCGAAGACUGGUAGUCCAACUCAAAGUUAGGAUUAAGAGAGACGUGAUUGAAGAUCAUCAGCAUAGACUCACAUCAGCCCUUCAACUACUGUCUCUCUCCUAG